AUGGCCGAGUCCAGCGGCCUGAAGCCGGGCAACGGCUCCUCGCAUGUGAAUGGCAAGAUGAAUGGCCAGACGGUGGGCCACAAACGUCCUGCACCACGCCCACGCGGAUUGCUGGGCUGGUUGUUUGGCUCGAUUGCUAGACUUGCGACCUGGGCCGUCAUCCUCACGCUUCUGUUCCGCUGCCCUUCUACGCUGGAGGAGUGCAACGAAGAUUCUCCUUACAUUUGCAAGCCGUAUUUCCAAGCCAAAGAAGCCAUCGCCCCGUAUACGCUGCCCUGCUACGAGCAAUAUGUUGAGCCAUACGUGGACUUUGCGAGACCUUACUACAACUCCGUCGAUUCCCACAUCCUGACGCCGGUGCGUGUUUAUGCCGUACAAUAUGGUGCGCCCUGGGUUGAAAAAGGCCAGGAGAAAGUCUGGGCCCAAUGGGAGAAGCACGGUCGACCUCAGGUAGAGCAGCUGCGCGCCUUGUCCCAGCAGCAGUACGAGGAGUCCAUUGCUCCGCACCUGGAGCGCGCAGGCGAAGUCCUCGGCCCCUACUACGAAGUCGGACGCGAUGGUUCUCUCCAGGUGUACCAUGAAUAUGUACUGCCGACAUACGAGCUUCUACAGCCCUAUGCACAGCAAGGCUACAAUGCUGCUUCCAGCUUCACUACGGAGACGGCACUGCCUGCUGCCCACUGGACUUGGGCGAGAACGAAUGCCUUUCUCAACAAGGCAGUGUGGCCACAGGUUCGAAUGGUUUAUGUCGAGAACGUGGAGCCUCAGCUUGUUCGCAUUGGCGAGCGCUUGGAACGAUACAAGAACCGGGCUAGGACCAAGGUGCUCCCCGAAGUUAACUCUUCUACACGACGACGGACGACUACCGAGCCUCCACGAUCCUCUUUCAGCAAACCGGCUCCCCAAGCGACACAAUUGCAGAGCACAACGGUCUCCGAACGUGCCACGCUUAGCUCGACCUCUAGCGCCGGGCAGCAGCAGUCGACAGAAUCAACAUACUGGAUGCCUGUUCAGCCCCCUCCUCCUGGAGAAAAUGAAUCAGAGACAAGGCGAAAGGCUCGUGAGAUGGUGACGGAAGACCUUGAGCUUUGGCAGAAUAAAUUCGCUACCCAAGCUGACGAGGGCGCUGUCGAUAUGGAAGACCGCAUCGACGAGCUUGCGAACCGUAUGAUUACCGAAGUGAUUCCCUCUGAUGGAAAACCACUUGUUGAGCAGCUCCAAACUACAGUUGAUUCGGAGACUGAUGGGCUGAAAGCAAAGAUUUCCAGCAUUGUCGCGGAGAGUGCUGGUGGAUCGCUGGAAGACGCUGAAGAGCGAGUCAUUGGCGCUAUCAGAUCUGCCGGCAUCGCUAUCAAGCAGGCUGCUCAAGAGAUUCGGACGUGGCGAGAAGAAUACGAUGUUGAUCUGCAAGCCAGGGUCCUCAGAGCCGCUGAUGUCCAUUUCCAGAUUCUCGACGAGACUAGAAAUCUUGCACUGCAGCAACUUGGCAUGAAGUGGGCUUGGACCGAUGGAGUUAGCUACAAGGACUGGGCAAAGUACCAUGAGCUCAAACAGGUGCUCGCAGAUUGGACUGAAGACCUGAAACAGCUCAUUAUCACCCAUCCUACCCUGCUCGACGCACAGGAUGCCGCGGCAUUUGUUGAGGAGGAUGGAAUGACCAUUGCCUCUGCGGCUGCCAAGGAGCUGGCUCGCCUCAAGCAAGUGGCUCAGUGGAAGCUCAUCGCAAAUGAUGCUACAGACGAUUUUGAUUCUGAGGCAAUGGAACAAGCUGCUGAAGCAGUACAGAACCCUCCAGUAGCCGAAGAGUCAGAAGAGUCUGAGAAGCCAGAUGUUGAUGUUGCCGCUGAUGUUGCCGCUGAUGAAGCCGCUGAUGAAGCCGCUGAUGGCAAUUCUUCUUUGCCAGUUUUUGAUACCGUCCAGGAUGUCGUGGAUACCAUUCAGGAGAAGGUAACCGAGGAGGCCACGCCUCUAGACUUCGAACCCGCCGUCAACAAUGUGUCUUUGGACGAGCAAUCGCCUGUAGAUCCAAGCGAAGCUUCUGAUGCUACCGAGGAAGCGACCUCGAAUGUCUUUGAACAUAUUGUGGAGCCCACUGACGUUCCCGCUGAAGACCAGGAGCUAUUUACAAGCCAGACCGAGGAACUCCCACAAUUUGUUACUGAAAGUAUCAAGGAGCCUGAAGUAGAAAUCGAAACGCCCCAGGUUCUUGUCAACCAAGUUGAAGAUGAAGAAUCGAGCCCAAUUGUUCCGGAGGACCCUCGUUCGACCCCCAACGAUGAUGAGGCUGAAACUGAACCUGUCGCCGAACCUGCUACCGAAACUACUACCGAAGAGGUGCUGGAAACUGAGCCUGAAAUCCUGGAAGAGGACGAAACUUUUUGGCCACAUGAACAAGCACCCUUGGUUGAUGACACCGCUUCCGUAAAGGCGACUUUCUUCGGCGCGGCCGCUCAGGUAGUUUCUGGACGAGGACAGCCGAUUCUGGACGAGGACGAUGAAACCGAUGACGACGAUUUCCUAUCUAGCGCGACUAAAGCCGCUGAGGCAGCCUAUUCCAGCGCAGUCUCUUUAGCAUCUGGCCAGUAUUCGAGUGCAGUAUCAAUCGUUUCCGCGCAAAUCCACGGCACGCCAACCCCAGCCGUUCAAAACCAGCUUCUUUCCUCGGUUUCCGGUGCUUAUGACCAAGCAAUCGCCGCGGCUAGUUCCCGGCUGCAAGAGGUCGUCGAUGCCGCGUCUGCCGGAGUGUAUGGCACGCCAACGACCACCCAGGCUGCCCCAACGUUGGUAGACUGGAGCAAAGUAGAGGCGGUUGCUGCGGAACGCCUGAACGAGGGAAAGCUCUGGGCCGAGCUUCAGUACCAAAGUGCUCUUAUCGCCAUGGGAUUGGCGACGGCAACGCCCACUCCAACCGGUGCACUCGAGAAAUACUAUGAACAGGCCAAAUACAACUAUUACGCUGGGAUUGGCGUUGCACAUGACCGCUAUAACAACUUCAUAUCUGCCGCUUCGUCUGCAUGGUCUUCGGUAACGGCCACGCCAACUCCGACGCCCAUGGCGUUGACUGACUCUGCACUUUCAAUGGCCUCUGCUGCGGGCGACGCUGCUGAAUCAGCCUACUCCAAGGCCACCGAGAGUGUUGCUUCUGCGAUUGAUGCUGUGGACGAAACCAUAAACUCUAUACACGAUGCUGCGGCUGAGCAGAUCUACAACGCUGGACUAGCCAUUGGAGAGACGUGGGGAACUAUCGUUAGCCAGCUGAGUAUCGACGUGUACGGUCAACCAACGCCAGCGGCGAUUGGAUGGUACGACAGCCUGGUAUCAGACGCCCAGGCAGUUGUAGCAAGUGCUACAUCCGCCGUUGCCAAAGCUACUCAAACCGCAUCGGCUGGUGCUGUAAAUGAAUAUGAGGCUGUGAGCGAGCUCGUUUCGGAGCUGAUUGUUGGCCGAGAGCCUUCCUUUUCGGAGAGUGUACUAUCGAGACUUCAAGCCGCGUAUGCUACGGCGACGGAGAACGUGGCGAGCCUGGCGAGCGAAGCCAGCGCGGCUGCCGGAUCAGUGGGCGACAAGGUGGGAAGCAUUGCGAGCAAGGCAACCGACGCAGCGAAGCAUGGCAAAGACGAGUUGUAA